GUGGACGAGGCCAUGGAGGAAGAGCGGAGGGUCCGUGGCCGACUCCGUCACCUGUGCUGCAUCCUCCCAGUGCCGCAAGCCUUUCUGGAUUUAUUUGGAAUUUGCUGAUAAAUAACUCAGAAGUGAUUUUGAAAACUGGUGGUGGUAAAUAUGUGACAUCUGUCAUACGCAAGUCCUCACCCUGCGGAUCAGAGAGGUGUGUCUUGUGCAGAAGUUGUCUCCAACCCCUCCCACGGCUGUCUCGCAGCCCCAAACUUUGCUGCUGGUUGGAGAAGUUGCUGUCAAAGCCGUCAGCCUGCAGCAGCGUCGACAGACACUCAGUCGGACCGAGCCGCCGUCCUGCUCGCCACGCUCACCUGUCACGCCAACCGGACGGGCCUCUCGCUCACCCGUGACCUCUGCCCAGACUGAGACCCCCCCGCCAGCAUGGACGACACCUCGGAGCAGUCCCACUGGGCGUCCCCCUCCCUGCUGGGCUCCGACCCCCUGGCCGUCUUCUCCUCCGACCCCAACCUGCUGCCUCCGGGAGAGGACGGGGAGUCCUUCUUCUCCAGCGCGGAGGCGGACUACUCCGGCCUGCCCUCGUUCUACCCCACUCCGAGCCACGGCCGCGCUGCGUCCAGCUACAGACACGGCGCAGUCCGGCAGGUGUUCGGCUCUCCGGGUCUGCUCAGCAACCUGCAGCUGCUGGACGGCGUGCCCGGCCACUCCCUGGCCUCCCCCUACAGCCCGGCCGCCUCCUCCUGGGGCGGCAGCCCCCUGAGCAAGGCGUCGCUGCACUCCCACCCGCCCACCUCGCUGCACACGCCCGGGGUGGGCUCCGCCUUCAGCGCCUCCAGGGACAUGUUCUCGUCCCCGGGCCGGGAGGGCCGGGAGAGCCCCCGGCUGCAGGAGGCCCUGAAGGCGGAGCGGCUGAGCCCGCUGGGGGGCCCCGGGGCCGGCGGCAGCUUCCUGAACCUGACCCCCGCGGCCGGGGGGCUGUACACGCCCACGUCCCACUCCCACCCUCACAUGCUCAGCCCCUACAGCUCCUACAUGAGCGGGCCGCAGGAGUACGGCUCGGCCCUCUACUCCUCCCCCGGAGCCUGGAUCAGCCCCUCAUACUCCCCCAAACUCCGCAACAAGAUGAGGGCCACCACUCCAGAGGCCCGCGAGUGCGUGAACUGCGGAGCCACCGCCACGCCGCUGUGGCGCCGCGACGGCACCGGACACUACCUGUGUAACGCCUGCGGCCUGUACCACAAGAUGAACGGCCAGAACAGACCCCUGAUCCGGCCCAAGAAGCGGCUGAUCGUCAGCAAGCGCGCGGGGACUCUGUGCGCCAACUGCCACACGAGCACGACGACCCUGUGGAGGCGCAACGCCAAUGGAGAGCCCGUCUGCAACGCCUGCGGACUCUACUUCAAGCUGCACAACGUCAACCGGCCGCUCACCAUGAAGAAGGAGGGCAUCCAGACGCGCAACAGGAAGGUGUCCAGCAAGAACAAGAAGAGCAAGAAGGCGGCGCUGAUGGAGCCGUACUCGGACGUGCAGGCGUCCUGCCUGGACGACGGCGGCGGGGCCUUCUCGCUGGGCCCCGGGGCCCUGCUGACCUACAGCCACGCGCCGCACCUGCUGCCCACGCCGUCGCCCCUGCACCCCCCCGGCAGCCUGCCCUACCCCCACCACCUCAACAACGGCAUGGUGCCCACGCUGGUGUGACCCGGGAGCCGCUCGCUCACCUGGAUUUGUACAUAGGAUAUCAAGUGGACUGAGAUUUGUGUAUUUUCCACUGUAUUUUUCAGAAGACACAAACGUUGUUGAUGUUAUUUCGUGCAGUCAGAUAAAAUCACUCCCCGAGGUCUGUGUGGAUGUAAACGACUGAUAAGGGAUCGUUUUCAGCCGUAGUCACAAGCCCACAGCCCACCGACAACCCACCCGAGUGAAAAGUCCCCCUUUAUUAUUCCUAAUGUGAAACUUUAGUUUGAUGUUUCAGGGGUUUCUGUUAUGUAUUUGCAUGAUUUAUAUUACUGAAACUACAGAGGAAAUAAAAUGAUUUACCUA